UCUGAUGUGGAUGAAGAUGGAUCGGAUGUGAUCCGAUCGUCUCGAGUGUGUAAUGUGUAACUGAUUUCUUAAGGAUAAUCGGAUAAUUAAGAAUUAAACAUGUUGUUGAUGAUGAUGAUGAAGAUAAAGUGCGCCGAUGACUAUGAGGGAAGAAAUAACUGACCGGAGAACAGCAGAGAUCUGAGGUGAGUCUCUGAGCUGAUGACAUCAUACAGAUCCAACCCUGCUUAAGCACACCUGCCUCAAAUUUUGAGGUAGCCAUGAAAAGCUUGAUUAGCAGGUUCAGGUCUGUUUGAUUGGGGUCAGAGGUGAAAUCUGCAGGAAAGUAUAUCUCCAGGAACAGGCUGCGACCUGACACCAAGAGGGAAAUGGUGUACUCCCUAUCUGCCGAGGGCGUAAAUCCCUCUUUCCGCUCGGCCGUCGACUUCUACCCGACGAUGGACCACUCUGACGGGAACGAUUCGUCCACCACUCCCACAGCACUCAUCUGCCGCCUGGACAUGCCAUCGUCCCCAUCGCAGACCAACGGCUCCCUGACCUCGUACGAUCUGACCCCGGCAGAGGUGACGGUUCUCGGGCUGAUCUUCACCGUCCUCUGGGUGAUAUCAGUACUGGGCAACUCUCUAGUUUGUCUGGUGAUCCAUCGUAGUCGCAGAACGCAAUCGACUACCAACUACUUUGUGGUGUCGAUGGCGUGUGCUGAUCUGUUGUUGAGUCUGGCAUGUGCCCCGUUCAUUUUGCUCCAGGUGUCCACGGGUCACUGGCCUCUGACGGCAGCCGCAUGCAAAGCCGUGCGUUACCUGCAACAUUUGUGUCCCGGAGUCCAAGUCUACGUGCUUCUGUCUAUCUGCGUCGACCGCUUCUACACCAUCGUUUACCCUUUGAGUUUUAAAGUGUCACGCGAGAAGGCCAAACGGAUGAUUUUGGCAUCUUGGAUCUUCGAUGCGGCUUUCGUUUCUCCAUGCCUGUUCUUUUAUGGAUCCUCUUCAACAGCGUCUCAAAACCACUGUGACUUUUUCCUGCCGGACUCCUGGGACGGGCUGGGGUACGCUGUGGCACAUCUGCUCUUUGGAUUCCUGUUCCCGGCGCUCCUCAUCGUGUCUUUCUACCAGCGGGUGGUCCGAUACAUCUGGAGGAUCGGUACAGAUGGACGAACGGUCCGCAGAACCAUGAACAUUGUCCCUAGAACUAAAGUCAAAACCAUCAAGAUGUUUUUGAUGCUCAACACGAUGUUCCUUCUCACCUGGAUGCCAUUUUACGUUGCUCAGCUCUGGCAUCCCGAAGCGGUCUCGGGAGCGAGCAGACAGGGGGCGCUCUUUUUCGUCACGGUGGCGUGGAUCUCCUUUAGCUCCACGGCUUCGAAGCCGACGCUUUACUCCAUUUACAACGCCAACUUCAGACGUGGUAUGCGAGAAACUUUCUGCAUGUCCUCCAUGAAGUGUUACCGUAGUAACGCAUACACCAUCACGGCCAGCUCACGAAUAGCUAAGAAAAACUACAUCGGAGUAGUCGAUAUUCCCGUACCGGCGAAGACACUCAUCAAAGAUUCGGUUUAUGAAACUUUUGACCGAGAAGCAAAGGAGAAGAAAUUAGCGUGGCCUAUCAGCACCAACCCACCAAACACUUUUGUAUAAAGACUUUUAGCACAGUCACUGAUGAGAGCACACAAUAAAUAACACAUUGACUUGUUCCUGUUGUGCAACUCUGAACUAAUGAAUGAAAAGGUUUGUGUUGAAUAAAGCAUCUCUACUUAAGGGUAACAAUUUCACAAGAAAUAUUUAUACAAUAGCAGGAAAAUGAGCAGGAUGUAAACGAAGAUCUUGGAAAAUUAAGUUCAGCACUCACAUGAGGGAGUCGGUCAGUAGGAAAAUCUUUGAAAUCCAAUGCAAAGAGAAUAACACAGUGUAACAGAAUAGGAAGUUAUAUUGAAGACACAUGAAAACAUGAUUUGUUUAAAAUGUUUUGGGAUGAUAAAAAGGAGAAAAACACUUAACAUUUUUCUUUAUAAAUAAAGUUUUUAUUGUACAAGUUUAAUAGCAUCUGGGAACAUGAAUGACAUCUGAAAUAAUUCACUUCAGUGUGAUGUUAGAAAAAUAAUGUAAUUUAAUAAUAAUGUAAAUGAAGGCACGUAUGAUCGACCUGAAGUCAAUCUCAAGAAAUGAUGCUGACUAAAC